AAUCACGUGAUUUCAAUAAUAUCUUGUAACUCGUAUCCUGCCCGGAAAAGCAUAGGAGAAAAGGUAAGCUCCACUCUGUGGCGUAUCUUAUAACCAGCUAUCAACAACAAAACUGGAGACAGUAUUUGCCGCAGGCUCUCGUGGCUAAGGCUAGCAAAUCUCGUUCUCGCUUGUCGGUCUUGGUUGGCAAGUUUGAAGGUGCGUUCAACGUGCAGCGUGUCUGACGACCUUAGGAAGGUAUAUCCAAUCAGGGGGGUUUUGUUCCAGAAAGAACUGGAAGCAAAGUACCAAGAGAGGACAUCGAAACAAGACGAAAAAGAGAAAAAUAGGUGCAAAAAUGGCGUCACUUAGUGAAGACCUGCUUGUAACGGUCAACAAGUUGCAGGACCUUGUUUUCAAUACCAUUGGGAAUGAUUCUCUUGACUUACCGCAAAUUGUUGUGGUAGGCUCUCAGUCAUCUGGAAAGUCGUCCGUACUCGAAAAUAUUGUCGGUAGAGAUUUCUUGCCAAGAGGAAGCGGCAUAGUUACGAGACGCCCUUUGAUACUGCAACUUAUUAAUAUUCCAAGUGAACGACAUGACAAACCUGAAAGCGAUGAGGUUCACGUACCCCACACUGCUGCCAGUAUAGCAGGGCAGCAUGAAUGGGCGGAAUUUCACCACCUUCCAGGUCGGAAAUUCGAUGACUUUGCCCUGGUAAAACAGGAGAUCGGAGCGGAGACUGCGAGGAUAGCCGGAAGCAAUAAGGGAAUCAAUAGGCAACCCAUUAAUCUCAAAAUAUUUUCGCCUCACGUUCUCAACCUCACGAUGGUUGACUUGCCAGGGUUAACCAAAGUGCCUAUUGGCGACCAACCAUCUGACAUCGAGAAACAGACCCGAGCGCUGAUCCUUGAAUACAUAGCAAAGCCCAACAGCCUUGUGCUGGCAGUAUCUCCGGCAAAUGUUGACUUGGUGAACUCUGAAGCCCUAAAACUUGCUCGCCAAGUAGAUCCUAUGGGCCGGAGGACAAUUGGCGUUCUUACAAAGUUAGACCUCAUGGAUCACGGCACGAAUGCUAUGGACAUUCUUUCGGGGCGUGUUUAUCCACUGAAGCUGGGGUUUAUUGGCGUUGUGAACAGAUCUCAACAAGACAUUCAGUCGGGUAAAUCUUUGGCUGACGCGCUACAGGCCGAAGUAGAUUUCUUUCGGCAUCAUCCCGCCUACCGUAACAUGGCGAAUCGUUGCGGGACGCAGUUUCUGGCAAAAACGCUGAAUACAACUUUGAUGUCUCACAUUCGAGAUCGACUACCUGAUAUCAAAGCCCGUCUGAAUACCCUUAUGGGCCAGACACAACAAGAGCUUGCUAGCUAUGGCAACAAACAGUUCAGCGGCAAGGAACAUCGCGGCUCAUUGAUCCUGCAACUAAUGACACGUUUUGCCUCCUCUUUCAUUUCCUCGAUCGACGGAACCUCAUCCGAAAUAUCUACCAAGGAGCUUUGUGGAGGAGCCAGAAUCUAUUAUAUUUACAAUUCAGUCUUUGGCAACUCUCUUGAGACAAUUGACCCCACACACAACUUGACGGUGUCAGAUAUUAGGACGGCAAUUCGAAAUUCAACCGGCCCUCGCCCUAGCCUGUUUGUCCCUGAGCUUGCUUUCGAUUUACUCGUGAAACCUCAGAUAAAAAUGUUGGAAGCGCCUAGCCAGAGGUGUGUAGAGCUCGUGUAUGAGGAGCUUAUAAAGAUUUGCCAUACAUGCGGAUCGCAAGAACUUUUACGCUUCCCACGUUUGCAGGCAAAACUUAUCGAAGUAGUGUCCGACCUCCUCCGUGAGCGUUUAGGGCCUUGUUCAGCAUAUGUGGAGUCGCUGAUCUCCAUACAAAGAGCCUAUAUAAAUACAAAUCAUCCAAACUUCCUUGGAGCAGCAGCAGCGAUGUCUUCCAUCAUUCAGACUAAACAAGAGCAAGAAAGAAAGUCGGCAUUAGCAGAGGAUAGACGGAAGCGUGAGAAGCGACGACAGAAAGAACUUGGAGGCAUAAACGGCAAUGCAUCUGUUUCUCCUGAGGACGAAGAGGAACAAAUGUCGGAGCAAAAGGCUCAGAGCCUUCCUAUCCGAAGUCAAUCCGCAAAAGGCACUAGAAGCAUGUCUCCGCAUAUUGGCAAGACUCAAGAGAGCGGUAUUACGGCAACUUUGAACGGGGCUCAUUCAAGCCCACAUGCUAUGUUUGGGGCUUCAAAUACCACUCGUGACUCCUUUUUAAACUACUUCUUUGGCAAGGACGGCGCACAGUCGUCUCCGCCAAUUCCCCAGUCUUCGAGCCACCUUAGACCUUCUAGUCACAGCAACGAGAUCGGUACUACUCAAAGCAUCCGGCGGACAGAAGUACGUUCUCCUGUGGUGCUACCUGAUGACUAUGCAGCGGUUCCUGAUUAUAGUGGUGAGCUUAAUGGUGCUGAAAGUACCGAACCAACCCUCUCUGAUCGUGAGCUGUUGGAGACGGAAUUGAUUCGCCGCUUGAUAUCCUCCUACUUCAAUAUUGUUAGGGAGACAAUUGCGGACCAGGUUCCCAAAGCCAUCAUGCAUCUUCUUGUUAAUCAUAGUAAAGAUGUCGUGCAAAAUAGGCUGGUCAGCGAACUUUAUAAGGAAGAGCUUUUUGGGGAGCUUCUUUACGAAGAUGAUGGUAUCAAGGCGGAGAGGGAGAAGUGCGAAAGGCUUCUAGAGACCUACAAGGAGGCCGCUAAAAUUGUAGGUGAAGUCCUAUAGUCUAUACAA